GAGGAGGAGAAGAAGAAGACGCUCCCAGUGAAGAAGAAGAAGAAGAAAAAGAAGAAGAAUCAUUUAGAUCAACAAGAGCUCUGUUCUGAAUAUGGGGUCAUACAGACGAAUAGAUUGUAUAUUUUUUAGUGAAUUUCAUCCAACUUUAGGACCAAAGAUCACAUAUCAGGUUCCUGAAGAAUAUAUUUCGAGGGAACUUUUUGAUACUGUGCAGGUGUACAUCAUCACCAAACCUGAACUGCAGAACAAGCUCAUAACGGUGACUGCCAUGGAGAAGAAACUAAUAGGUUGUCCAGUGUGCAUUGAGCAUAAGAAGUACAGCCGGAAUGCCUUGCUCUUCAAUUUGGGUUUAGUAUGUGAUGCCAGAACAAAAACAUGUGCUUUAGAACCUAUUGUCAAAAAACUGUCUGGCUACCUCACGACUCUAGAGCUUGAGAGUGGAUUCAUUUCAAAUGAAGAGAGUAAACAGAAGCUCUUGCCAAUCCUGUCCACACUUCUGGAGGAACUUAAUGUCACGGGAGCCUGCACCCUGCCUAUUGAUGACUCUAAUACCAUCCACUUGAAGCUAAUUGAACAAAGGAAAGAUCCUCUGGUGGUUCAGGAGUAUGAUGUACCUGUAUUUACCAAGAAUAAAGACCACUUUACAAAAUCACAAUGGGAUCUCACCACACAGCAGAUCUUACCCUUUGUAGAUGGGUAUCGACACAUUCAGAAAAUCUCAGCAGAGGCCGAUGUUGAGCUCAAUUUGGUGCGGAUUGCUGUUCAGAAUUUAUUGUAUUAUGAAGUGGUAACUCUGGUAUCCAUAUUCCAGUACUCAAAUGUUUACUGCACAACACCUAAAGUACAAAACUUGAUAGAUAAGAAGUGCCUUCAGGAAGAGUGUAUACAUUAUGUCAGUAAGCUAGGCCAAAGGACAAAUCUCAGGGACGUAUUCCAGUUGUAUUGUGGUCUGACCCCAGGUACGACUGUACGAGACCUCUGUUCCCGCUAUUCUCAUCAGCUACAGAGGGUGGAUGAAAGGAAAUUGAUUCAGUUUGGCUUGAUGAAAGGUCUGAUUCGGCGCCUGCAGAAGUAUCCAGUCAAGGUUGUCAGAGAUGAGAGAAGUCGUCCACCUAGACUCUAUACUGGCUGCCAUAGUUAUGAUGAAAUCUGUUGCAAAACUGGAAUGAGUUACAAGGAGUUGGAUGAGCGUUUGGAGAAUGACCCUAACAUUGUUGUUUGCUGGAAAUAAUGUUGCUGUGACAGAAUUAUAACUACGGACUAUUUCAGUGAAAGAACUCAUCUCUGGCUUUUUGUCCAGUACCUUUAUUUAUUGUAAAUUAAUUGCCUUUGUGUAUAUUUGAAACCAUUAUAGGUCAUAAUACGUAUAUAUAUAGCAAUGAUUUAAGAUGCAAUGAAAUAAUGGGUGUAGUGGGGUCUAAAUCAAUUGUAUGUUUUACCACAGUUUUCUUAAUCAGAGAAAAAAACUAGAAAACAGACAAGAUAGCCCUGUUGAUCUAAAAUACAUGACUUUUAAGAUACCUGGUGCAUUCAUUGUUAAAUUAGGUUUAGAACAAAAAUAAACUAUAAACUGUCAAAAGUUUUUGCUUUUCUGAUCAUGUGUAAACUGCAGUUGCACAAAUAUUUGAUUACAUUAUUCCAAUUAGGUCCAUUUCUGUCACAUCAGUUGCAUCAAAUAUCCUGGCUAACCAAAGACAUUAUGUAUGGACAUGGCAGAGUUUGCGCAAUAGUCUUAAGAUUUUAUUAUUAUUAUUUAACAGUCAGUCAUUUUUAACAAAAACUUUAACUUUUUAAAGGCACAAUGAGUUAUUUUUCUCCGCUAGAGGGUGCGUAUUCAGAAUAAACAAAGAGUCUGGAAUCAUGGGAGUCAUGGUCUUCAUCUCCACAUCCGAUGCAAUCCAAUGGGACUCAGGCAGAAAUCAUGUUCAUGGAUGAGCUAAUCAUUAAUUAACGUAUUAGAAUGAAGCAGGGUGAGGCCGAAACCAUCAAAGCGAAACGAGCGUGACACACGGCUCAAAAGAACUGGAGCUUUUAUUAUGCCACAGUCGACUGCUUCUGUUCCUUCCACUGUUUAAUCCAUAGACAGUAAAAUACUACAUAGGGGAUGCAUUUGAAAGUUCUGUUGUAAUGCUACUCUGGUGCUGUCGUCAUCUGUCUAAUAAAAAGCAUAUUAAAGCGCA